UUUUAAGUUUAUUUUUUUUCUGAUUUUCUGAAAUUUAAAGCUUAUUUUCUUAAUUCUGAUUUUAAGUUUUCUCUCUUUAAAUUCUGAUUUAAAGUUUAUUUUCUGAAAUUUUCUUCUCUAAUUUUUAAUAAACUUAUUAAAGGCCACUGACGGCUUCCAAAACAAUGCUCCCUUUGUUUUUGCAUUACCAGUGAUUGUUUUAGGGUGGUUUACUUUAUGGACUAGAAUGCCUGGGAGGAAAAGAUUAUUAACUGCUAUAUCCUUCUUUACACUUGCUAUUGCUUUGUAUAGCUGGUCUGUUUUCCCCAAAAAAUUAGAAUUAAGUGCAAUGCUCAUUUGCCUUUCACAUAUUGCCUACCUUCUCUCUUUCUAUCGCUCACUAAGGAAAUGGUGGGUGGCUCUAACUGUCUCUACAUUAGCAAUUGUCUCUCUCUUUCUCUACGGUGUCUUCGCCGAUCUCUACCGUUCUAUCCCUGCAUUAGUUGCUGCAAUGUGUGCAACUAUUUUAUUAUCCACAUCCUCUUUUAUUGUGGCCGGUUCUGUAUGGAAAAAUGGUUCAACUAUGCGUUAUGAAGAACGGUCAGCUCUUGUCCGCUUCUUUGGAACAUUCUUUUUGUUAAUUUGCAAUGCUGCACUUUUGGUAAUUAAGAAUUCUGAUUUUUAUUUGAAUAUUUUUGUAGCUAAUUCUGAUUUUAAUAAUUCCAAUUUCUGA